GACGUUUUGGCCAGCACCGAGCAGACCUCAGGCCCGGAGCCGCCGGCCGGCCCGGGGCCGCGGACCAGCUGGAAGCGGGGACACCUCUAAUAAAACUUCAUCACUGCAGGUGUUUGUAAUCACACAGCUGAGGUUCAUCAGGUUCAUCAGGUUCACUUCACAGUCAGUCACACUCAGAGUCAGUGAGACAGGAUGCUGCCUGUCUGUCUGCUGGCAGCGUGUCUGCUCGCUGUUUACUCAGCCGACCUCGUGCAGAACUCUUCAGCUCCUGCAGGUCUGAAUGUGACUGUGAAUGAAACUCUGCAGGAACACGAGACUUUCUCUGGAUUCUUCGGAUUCAGGGCUGAGGCUAAGAUCCUUUUGACCUCAGAUCUGUCGGGGGUGCGGUCCUUCCUCCCGGAGCAAGAGCUAGAGACCAGGAUCAUCGGGGGUCAGGAGGCCUGGGCACGCUCGUGGCCCUGGCAGGUCUCUCUGAGGUUCGCCUCCAUGCCGGCCUGCGGAGGAGCCGUCAUCAGCCAGAUGUGGGUCGUCUCUGCCGCGCAUUGCUUCAAGAGGUACAACAAAGCUUCAUUCUGGACAGUUCUGGCUGGAAAACACGACCUGGAUAACCUUCAUGAGCCUGGACAGCAACUGAUGGGAGUCUCCAUAAUCAUCAGCCACAACGGCUACAACACUCGCACCAAAGAGAGCGACGUGGCUCUGCUGAAGCUGCAACAGCCACUCGUCUUCAACCAGUUCGUCAGACCCAUCGACGUCUGGAUGACCCCGCUGCCUCUCCUCCGGAGGUGCACCGUCACGGGCUGGGGCUCCACCCGAGAGAAUGGAGCUCGAGUCAGCAGACUACAGGAGGUGAACGUCACCAUCCUGCCCCAGGAUGUCUGUAACCGGUACUACCUCGGGAGGGUGCGUCCUUCCAUGCUCUGCGCUGGGAAGUCUGGAGGAGGAGCCGACGCUUGCCAGGGCGACUCCGGGGGGCCUCUGUCUUGCUUCACCGGCAGCAGGUAUGAGCUGGCAGGUCUGGUGAGUUGGGGGGUCGGCUGUGGUCGAGCCAAGAGACCGGGAGUCUACACCAUACUCCAACAGCACACCCAGUGGAUGUCCGACAUCAUGACGGAUCAGAGCAUCCUGUAUGCAGACGAGCUCACAGCAGAGGACCUCUGUGGUCGGAAGCAGAGCUCCAGCUGUGAGAAGAUUCCAGGCCUCGCUGCUUUCUCGCUGUCCCAGGACGGGGAGGUGUCUGUUGGGAACGUCUCAGAGUCCUGUCCCUUCUCCUGGCCCUGGCAGGUCAGCCUUCAGGCCAACGGCCGCCACUACUGCAGCGGGGUGCUGAUCCACCGUCGCUGGGUGCUCACUGCACAACACUGCAACGUCAGAGCUAAGGAAGACGUGGUGGUUCUGGGAGUUCAUGACCUCCGGUUCUCAUCUCAAACCAUACCGGUGGACGAGGUGAUCAACCUGCCGCACGACGGCAGCUUCCCCCCGAAGUCUGACUUGUCGCUGCUCCGCCUUAGCGUGCCUGCCAGAUUCAGCUCUGUGUCCCCAGUUUGUGUCCCUGAUGAGGACGAGGACCUCGACGGCAGCUGGUCUUGCGUCACAACCGGCUGGGGAGCCUUGAAAGCAUCAGUGGACAUUAAUCCCAACCGGCUGCACCACGUCGGACUGACUCUGGUUAAUCCGACGACCUGCAUAGCGAAGUGGGGAGGGGGGCUCAUCACGGACUCCCACAUCUGCUCACAUCCUGCAGGCUCCACCUCCUGCAUGGGUGACCCUGGAGCUCCGCUGUUGUGUCGGAAACAUGGCGCCUACUUCGUGUUUGGCGUGGUCACGUGGGGCAGCCGGCGGUGUGACGCAGAGAAACCGGCCAUCUUCUCCAGAGUAUCUGAUUAUCACACAUGGAUCACUGAGGUCACUGAAGACGUCUGAAUGUUCAAAUAAAAGCUUUUAACUGGUU